AUGUGUGGCCAUGUGCAUAAAUUGCUUCUGCUUGUGCUUUUUGUGGGAGCCUUUGGAGCCGAGGAGGACCCGGCGCUCUGUAAAAUGAUGGGGAGCUCAGCAUUUCCUCUGUUAUCUAAAGAAGGAGAUAUCACAAUCGGAGGAGCUUUCUCUAUCCACAGCCAAGUUUCGACUCCUUCACUCUCCUUUAUUAAUACUCCAGAACCACUAACAUGCUCCAGGUAAAUACUGUUAUAUAAUGUUUAUAUACAUUAUAUAAUGUCUCGGGUAAAACUUUUGGUUUCUUAGAAAUCUGUUUUCACUUUCAGGAUAAAUUUCAGAGAGUUUCGUUUUGCUCAAACAAUGAUUUUUGCCAUCGAGGAGAUCAACAACAGCAGCUCUCUGCUGCCUAAUAUUUCAGUUGGUUAUAAGCUUUUUGACACCUGUGGUUCAACGCUGCCUUCUACACGUGCAGCGAUGGGUUUACUGAACAGGCAAGAUGAGACGUCAAGGAGAAACUGCUCCAGCCAGUCAUCGGUUCAGGCUGUUAUCGGGGCCUCUGAGUCUUCUUCAACAAUUGUGAUGCUACAAAUUUUAGGGAUUUUCCAAGUACCAAUGGUAAAUAUUUGGAUUAAUAAUGUUUUUUAAUUUUUUCUUUGAGGUUUUAUCUGACUUUAUUUGACUUUGUUUUAGGUGAGCGCAAAGUUCAAGGUCGAGAGUCUCUAACAGCAAAUCUGUUGUAUUUUGUUUCUUAAUAAUCUGGUGUUCGUCUCUGUUGCCCUCCUUUCCUUUGUCUUUAGAUAAGCCACUUUGCCACGUGUGCUUGCUUAAGUAACAGAAAGCAGUACCCUACCUUCUUCAGAACCAUACCCAGCGACUUCUACCAGAGCAGAGCUUUGGCUAAACUGGUAAAACACUUUGGCUGGACCUGGGUUGGCGCAGUUAGAAGUGACAACGAUUAUGGAAACAACGGCAUGGCAACUUUUAUAAAAGCAGCAAAUCAGGAAGGAGUCUGUGUUGAGUACUCUGAAGCUAUCUCAAGGACCGCUGACCGCAGUGAUCAAGUUGCAAGAGUUGUCAAAGUGAUCAAGACCGGCAGUGCAAGAGUUUUAAUCGCCUUCCUCGCCCAGGCUGAGAUGAAUAUUCUGCUUGAAGAAGCUCUGAAGCAGAACUUAACCGGACUUCAAUGGGUGGGCAGUGAGUCUUGGAUUACAGCAGGUCAUCUGGCUACUAAGAGGUACUCAGGAAUCCUGAUGGGGUCUCUGGGCUUCACCCUGAGAAAGACAAAGAUAACAGGCUUGCAAGAGUUUCUUUUACAGGUUAACCCAAGUCAGGAUCCUCAGAAUGAUCUGCUCAGAGAGUUUUGGGAAGAGACAUUCAGCUGCAGUUUUAGUCAUCGUCAGACAGCCUGCUCUGGCUCUGAGAGACUACAGGAUGUUAUUAACAAUCCUUUUACAGAUGUGUCAGAGUUAAGGAUAUCAAAUAAUGUGUAUAAGGCCGUGUAUGCAGUGGCUCAUGCAAUGCACAACAUGUUAAAAUGUGGACAAAGUGGUGAAGCCUGUGUUUGGACCGAUGAUUUUGAGCCACAACAGGUAAAAACUGACUUUAAAGUAGAGUAUUGAAAUUAAGUAAUAUUUCCCUUUAUUUUAUGCUUUUGAAUAUUGUUCUGUCUACAGGUUUUGAAACACUUGCAAGAGGCUAAUUUUACUCUUCAGUCAGGAGAAAGACAAUAUUUUGAUGAAAAUGGAGACCCUGCAGCGACCUAUGAGCUGGUGAACUGGCAGAAAAGCCAAGCAGGGGAUACCGUGUUUGUGGCUGUAGGGAGCUACGAUGCUUCACUACCAAAUGGAAAGCAGUUUACAAUGAAUGGAAUAAAUAUAGCUUGGGCUGCAGGAUCCCCAAAGGUGAUGCAUAUGUUAUCUGUAGCAGAUUUAUCAUUAUUAAGAUUUAUGUGCCAAGUGUAGACUCUCGGUGUAAAGUCAAAAAAAUUGAAGCUGAUUAAAUAAAACAGAUUAAAUUGGGUUGCAGGAGGAUAAACUGUGAACUGAGGAGUUGUGGUGUCGUUACAGAGGCCAAAGUCUGUCUGCAGUGAGAGCUGUCUGCCAGGUUUCCGUCAGGCUGUGAUUAAAGGGAAACCCAUCUGCUGCUUCUCAUGCAUCCCCUGUGCUGCUGGAGAGAUCAGCAACUCCACCAGUGAGUAUCGCAGCUUUCCCGACAUCAAUUUAACCCGUACAAAUAACACAGUCAAGUUCUCGAACUCUGCUCGCACACAUUAACAAACACACCGGUGUGUUUCUUUCAGGUUCUGCAGAGUGUUCGCAGUGUCCCAUGGAGUACUGGUCAAAUGAAGAUAAUAGCAAGUGUAUCCCAAAGGUGAUUGAGUUCCUCUCAUAUGGAGAAACCAUGGGCGCCCUCCUUGCUUCUUUCUCAUUGUUUGGAGCUGGUUUAACUCUGGUGGUAUCAUGCAUCUUCCUACGGUUUCGUCACACUCCUCUUGUCAAAGCCAGUAACUCUGAGCUGAGCUUCCUGCUGCUUUUUUCUUUAACUCUGUGUUUCUUGUGCUCGCUCACAUUCAUAGGCAAGCCCACUGAGUGGUCCUGUAUGCUGAGACACACAGCCUUUGGCAUCACCUUUGCCCUCUGCAUGUCUUGUAUCCUGGCAAAAACCAUAGUAGUGGUAAAUGCUUUCAGAGCCAAUAGGCCAUCAAACACAGUCCCUCAGUGUUCAGCUGCACUUCAGAGAGCGAGUGUCCUUAGCUGUACUUCGCUUCAAGUGUUAGUUUGUUUGCUGUGGUUGACUCUUUCUCCCCCUUACCCUUACAAAAAUACAGCCUACAGCACUGAGAGGAUUAUUUUGGAGUGUGAUGUAGGUUCACCUGUAGGGUUCUGGGGGGUUUUGGGAUAUAUUGGACUCCUGGCUGCGCUCUGCUUGAUCCUCGCUUUUCUGGCUCGAAAGCUGCCCGAUAAUUUUAAUGAAGCUAAAUUCAUCACCUUCAGCAUGCUGAUUUUCUGUGCAGUCUGGGUCAGUUUUAUCCCAGCUUAUGUCAGCUCUCCUGGGAAGUUCACCGUAGCUGUGGAGAUAUUUGCUAUUCUGGCCUCCAGCUUUGGUUUACUCUUUUGUAUAUUUGCCCCGAAAUGUUAUAUUUUGUUACUAAAACCAGAGAAAAAUACCAAAAAACAUAUGAUGGGGAGAAACUAA